GAGAUAAGAGAGAGAAAUGGGCUGCUGUGAUCUAGUCUGAAAAGCGACUGAUUACUCCUACGUCAAUAUGGCCUCCUCUCUUGCGGCGCAGCUGUCGCAGAUUGCGGCCAAGUCGACCAACGAGCUCGACCUCAAGGCCCAGCGCCUUUCCCACUCACAAUCGUUGAUCUUCGACCGGAAGAUCGCAGGAUCUCAAGACUUUGACACCGUUUAUGAUAUUUGUUAUGAAGGAUUCCGAGAGCUUUGCUCCCUUGAUGCGCGAUUCGAGGACUUCGGGCGCACAAUUUUCAGCGAGCAGAGCAAGGCGGAAGACCGAACACAAAUCAACGCCACCCAGAAUCAGGAACUCGAUGCUGUAAUUGAGGCAUUCCUUGGUCUGGUUGGAGGCCGAUUGCAACUAAGCCCCGCGGUGAAAGCCGUGGACUGGCUGGUUAGGCGUUUCAGGGCUCACGAAUAUAAUACCACCUGCAUGAUUCUCACCUUCCUCCCGUACCACACGACUCCCCUAUUCUUGAACCUGCUCUCCAUUCUGCCUAAUGACCUGACGCCGACAUUCAAAGUCCUUUACCCAUAUAAGAACGGCUUGGUGAACCCGCCGCGGCAUCCUAUCGUGCACAGCGCCACUACGAACAAACCGUUCUUUGCAGCUUUGAAUGAUUAUGUUCUCAAGGUGUGCCGGCAGCAAGCUCAGAGCCACAGCCUGCUUACCUUCUGGGCCGGUAUCAUUACGGAGGCGGUGGCGGGCAUGCUAGAUGCGGCCCGCUCAGGCAGGAGAGAAGCCGAGAAGCAGAAGCAUGAGGACAUUAUCAUCCGUGUUCUGCCCGUCCUCAGCUCUGCAUUCACGAUGAAGAAGAUUUCCGAAUUGAUCAUCAGUUGCUACAUGAUCUCUGUUGUGCUCGCUCAAAAGGCCAUCCUAGCCGACGAUGUUCUCGAUGGCUUGAUGGAGAGUGUUGUCACUUCUUGGACGGAGGAGACUCUUAGCUCGGGUCUCAUCUGUUUGUCCGUCCUGGCGCAGCAGAAGCUAACCGCUACACUUCCCAAAAAGGUGUUCAAAGCUAUCGCUCGACUUGAGAACCCGAUGCAGCAGCUUUCCGAAGUCACCGCACAGUACCAGACAUCCAAGCUCUUCCUUGGACUUGUUGGCGGCUGUGUUAGUGAGCUGGACAAACAGAAGGACAACUCUCGCCUCGCACUGUUGUCGUCUAUCUUCGAAACGGCCGUCUUCGGGGAGGACGAAACCAAAGAAGCCAUAACCAUGAUUCUUAAGGCUGCUAGCAACUCCGAUGAGACUCGCGGCAUGUCCCUGGAUGCUCAGACACAGCUUGCGGAAUUGGUUCAAGGAUUCAGCCGACCCGGAGCUCUUCAACCCAUCUUCCAGAAGGCUCUGACUGAAUCAUCCUUUGACAUCCCAGCUCUGGAGCACAACUUGCAGACAGUGGUCGAGGCCCCCAUCCCAGCUCCAGCCAUCGAGGAUGUGGAUAUGCAAGAUGUCGAUGAUGAGCAGGACUUGGACAGCUUCACCCCCGCGGUGGAGGCUCUGACCAAGGAGCCCGUGUUUUCCUCCUCGUUCCUCAGCAAGCAAUCCAUUCCAGAGUUUGACAGCCUUGUGCAAGUCUUUGCGCUGGCUGCUGAUUCUGAGGCGAGGCUCGAGCAGUUCACUAACUUGCGAAUUCUUGGAAAGACCGAGGCAACGAAGAGCGCUCAAUAUUUGUCAUUCCUGACUCGCGUUCUCUCCGGAUCUUUCCCUCUGGGAACUAGAGUUGCUGCCUUGGGUGCUCUCUCCUCGGCGCUUCAGUCGAUCGCUGGUGAAUUCGACCCCCAGGCGUUGCUGCCUUUCCUGCUUGUCGCACUCUCUGACCCGUCUGAGCGCAUUCGCCGCGAGACCAUCGGUGUCAUUGCUGUUAUUGGUUCUAUCUACAAAAAGAACAAGAAGGCCGACGACAAUAAGCCAUGGGCUCACGACAUGAUCUAUGGCAAUGGCAAGCAGUCUUCUGGAAUCUCUUGGAUGUCUUCCCGUGAUGUACAAAAGGUCCUGGAGCGCGCAUUGCUUCCCGGACUGGAGGAAUAUGCCCUUGACCCUGAGUAUAUUGGCAAAGUACUUGAUGCUACAUUCCGUGGAUCUGUUCUCUCGGAAGACUCGGGGGCCUCCGAACUCAAGAAGUCGGUUCGUCAAGGUCUCUUCACGUUCCUGUGCUCGCACGUCAUUCGGAUGCCCGUUUUUGCCCCCAAGUUUGCCUUGUUGCGUCUGCUCAAUGGUGUUAAGAAGGUUUCGGGUACUACACGCGCCAAGGAACUCCUUCCUCUCCUUGAGGACUGGCGUGGCCUGGCCCAGAAAGACGUUGACGAUAUCUGUACCAAAGAGCGUCUUUCUGCCUCCGAGACAGAACACCAAGUUGUCGCCAUCGUUUCACCGAAGGAUGGUGAUGCCAUCACCACCCUCUUGACUAAGGUCAGCCCCAACAGCGAGUCCUUGCGACCAUCGUUUGUCGCUGCUAUCUUUGCCCGGAUCAAGGAGAUCUGGGCGAAGAUUCCGGAGGAAAGCCAAGUGGGCUCAGCCGAGAAGCUUUUGGACAUUUCGCUCGGGCUGUCGUCGGGCGAGGUGUCCUUGGCAGAUAACUGUCGUAACGUUCUUCGUAGCGUCGAGAUGUCCGGUCCUAUUCUGGUCAGCUUUGUCAAGAAGAUCCCUGCCUCGCUGACUGACAUCGAGGCCACUGGCCCUGCUCCCAAACGUCGACGAACCAGUCAAAACAACAUGAUUGCCAUGACCGUCAAAGACGAGGCAGAGCUUGCCAAGCUUAUGGACAAAAUGACUUUCAUCCUGGAGGUUAUUGACAGCUCUAGCCCCGACUCCCACCCUGAGUUGGCCGAAGGCCUGUUCCAGACUCUUGCUGCUCUUCAUCACUUUAAGUCUCAAAUCCAGUCUGGAAUGAGUUACCUCCUGAGCUUGACCUUGGGUAGCCUCUUGGCUAUUGUCAACAAGUCUAAGGGGUCCCCUAAGCCGCUGUUUGAUACUUCUGUGAUCCGGGCUGAUCUGGUCGUCGACUGCGUUCGAACCACGGAUAGCCCACAGGUGCAGAAUGCGGCUCUCCUCCUUGUCGCUGGCCUGUCUGUCAUUGCCCCCGAGCUCGUCCUUCACAGUGUUAUGCCCAUCUUCACUUUCAUGGGAUCCAGUGUCCUCCGCAAGGAUGACGAGUACUCUGUUUCUGUCAUUGACCAGACCAUUGACCAGGUCGUUCCGGCUCUCAUCCAGUCGCUUCGAAACCAGAAGCGUGAUAUUGUGUCGGGAACUUCGGAGUUACUGCUCAGCUUCACCGCGGCCUUUGAGCACAUCCCCUCGCAUCGUCGUCUCCGUCUGUUCCAUGCAUUGAUCAGCAAGCUCGGCGCCCAAGACUUCCUGUUUGCUGUCCUUGCAAUGCUUGCCAACCGGUACUCCACCGACAAGGAUGUCCUGACUCUUAUGACUGGCGUCGUCUCAGACACUACUCCUGCUGUGGAGCUCACCACUUACAGCAAGUACCUCAACCUUGUUAUCGAUUCCUUCGAAGCGAAGCCUGGUAUUUCGCACGUCCUCCUUGGAAUUGGCAGCGAUGAUGGCCGUGAUCCUCAAAAGGUUGCCGUGGACCUCUUGCGGGACUUGGCGCACUUGCUCAAGCAUUCAUCCCUCAAAUCCAAGCUGGAGACAACAUUUGAGACCGAAGGCCCCGUGACCGACCAGGUUCGUGCUUGCUUCUCUCGGGUCCUGGGGCAGGUUCUCGCCCUAGGCGAAUCGGUGCAGAAUAUGAAGCCCGUCAGCCAGGCAUGUGGCGAGGUGCUCGGCUCUCUCUUCGGCACCCUGUCCCUUGUUGACUUCUUGGACACCAUCGAAUAUCUCCUUGACCCUAAGCAAUCGAACGAUGACCUUCGCCGCAAGGUCCUUCGCUUGCUGGAAAACCGUCUUCGCCAAACCCCUGAGCGUGACAGCGAAUCCCAGCUCAAGGUCCUUGACUUCCUUCCUACUCUGGUUGGUAUCGUUCAGUCGUCCCCCGAUUCGCUUCUCAAGCAUGCUGCAGUCGCCUGCAUUGACCGCAUUACUGAGAAGUACGGCCGGAAGGAUCCAUCCAAGGUUAUUCCCGCCGCCCAGGUUGUCGCCAGUGCCUCUUGCCUUGGCGAGUCUGAUGAGCGCAUUCGCAUCAUGGGUGUCCUGUGCCUUGCCUCCAUGGCGGAGGUUCUUGGCGAGGCCAUGAUUCCCGCUCUCCCCAGUGCUCUUACUCAGUCCUUGAGCCUUUUGGAGCUUAGCUUGACCACUGGAAAGGAAAAUUCGCGACUCCACGAUGCUGUGUUCUCGCUCUUCUCUGCUCUGUUUGUUAACCUGCCGUUCAUGAUGUCGGCUGGCCAUCUCGACAAGAUUCUGCUGCUCGCUUUCAAGUCUGCUAAUGCGGAGCUUGAGGAGAGCUCUGAGGACAGUCGUCUGGAGACUCUCCGGUUAAUGGCAUCUCGCAAGAUGGAUAUGACUGCUACUCUUGGUGCUAUUGACCGCAACUGGCAGCAGGCCGUCCAAGCUGGCCCCACAGCGACCAACGAGGUCUUGGAAAUUCUCAACCUUGCCGUCGAGAAGAAUACCAAGGCCGUUGUGGUGAAGAACGUCAGUGUCCUUUCCAACAUCCUCUUCAAGGCAUUUGACCUGCGCCGUGAGCAAGUUGCUCUCGGCGAGCGCUCCAACUUUGAAUCUUCCGACGUGGAUGACGCCGAAGGUGCAUUGAACGAUGUCACAAUCAAGAUGAUUUACAAGCUCAAUGACAGCACCUUCCGACCCCUCUUCAUCAAGUUUGUUGAGUGGGCCACCACUGGUACUCCUAAGAAGGAUGCCCAGGGCCGUGUGUCGCGCCUUACGACCUUCUACAAGUUCCUCCAGGGCUUCUUCGGUACUCUCCAGUCCAUUGUCACCGGCUACUCGAGCUACAUCCUGGAGAACGUUGUCGAGAUCUUAGGCUCAACUGGUCCCUCGAAGACUACGAAGACCCUCUGGCUGGCGACUCUGCGGACUCUCUGCAAUUCAUUCCAGCAUGAUCAAGAUGACUUCUGGCAAUCUCCUUCCCACCUCGCCAGUAUCUCGGGUCCCCUCAUUGCUCAGUUGGCUCACGCGACCACGUCGAAGACUGCGGAUCUGGUCAUCGAAGAAGUGGUCCCUGCGAUCACAGACCUCGCCAUCGCUGCCGAUUCGACCGACAACCACAAAGAGCUCAAUAACGCGCUGAUGAAGUACCUCCGACCUUCAUCUGCUCCCAAUGCCAAGUCGGCUGGUGGCGAUAACGCUUUCACCCGCCUCGCCGCCUUAAAGGCCGAGCAGGCGCUCACCGAGCAGCUCGGUGAGGAGUGGCUCGCUCUUCUUCCCGAGAUGCUGCCUUACAUCAGCGAACUCAUGGAGGACGAGGAUGAGAGUGUGGAGAGAGAGGUGCGCAAGUGGGUUAAGCAGAUUGAGGGUGUGUUGGGAGAGCGACUUGAUGAUAUGUUGACCUAA